CAUCCCAUGACUGCGAGACAAGAAACAGGCAGGUCCAGAAAUCCAAAGUCGCCAUCGCGCCUUCCAGAACAACUGUAGACACGUAAUAAUAAGGGCAGGGCAAGUGGGCAACGUACGGCAGGCACCGUCGCAGGCACGGGAAGGCACACUCAUCCGCAUCCGACUUGGAUGAUAAGAAUCAUCACUCUCUAGUUACCAUCGCUCCUUCCUCUAAUCCAUUCCUUAUUACCUGCGGUUUCUGUACCCCAUCAUCUCUCCGUCUCUCCCGCCCUCUCCUCGUCCUCUCUCUUUUCUUGUUUACUCCCCGUCUCACAUCUGCGACUGAUGUCCGACUUCGCCGCUCCAACCGGCCCUCCGCCUCCCAAGGUGCCUGAGGGUUGGAAGGCUGUCUUCAAUGACCAGUACAAAGAAUGGUUCUACGUCAAUCUUCACACCAAGCAAUCCACCUGGGAGAAGCCAACUGAGCCAGCACCUCGGCCUGAUGAAGAUGGUCCCGGUGCCCCGCCACCCAGCUACUCAGCCGGUGCAAAUGAUACUCAACCCACCGAUGCGAAGAAACCUCUCGAGUCCAACAAUCCUUACAAUAGUUCCGAUCGUCCUGCACCAGGCGAAACCGAUGAGCAGUUUGCACAACGUCUGCAGCAAGAAGAGCAACAGCGAAACCGCGGCACUUCCGACAGCUACUACCAGUCCUCCUCAACCCCUCAACCUGGUGGCAUCCAAGGCGGAUACCCCGGCGGCCCCUCUCCUGCUCCUAUGAGUCCUCAAGCGUCCGGAAAGCGAGGUUUCCUCGGCAAGCUCUUGGGUAAGUCAAGCUCAAACCAGGGUCCGCAGUAUGGCGGAGGGUACCCUCAGCAGGGGGGACCCCCGCCACAGCAACAAUAUGGUGGCUACCCGCCACAACAACAAUAUGGUGGCUAUCCUCCACAACAAUAUGGAGGCUAUCCUCCCCAAGGUUAUGGCGGCUAUCCUCAACAAUAUGGCCCGCCCAUGGGAGCAUAUGGAGCACCAUACGGAGGUGGUUACGGACGACCGCCUCCAGGACGACGUCCUGGAGGCGGCAUGGGAGCUGGAGGUGCCGCUGCCCUGGGUGUGGGUGGUGGUUUGCUUGGUGGUGCUUUGUUGGCAAACGCCAUCAACGACGGCCAACAAGAUGCCUAUCAAGACGGGUACCAGGAUGGCGCAGACGACGGCGGUGGAGACUUUGAUGGUGGUGGAGAUUUUUAAAGACCCAUUGCUUGCAAAAGUCGGUACACACGCUGCUAUGAGACAUGGAAACGUUUUUUUCUUCACAGCCAAACACAUGACACGAGACGAGAAGUGAUGGAAUGAAUUGAAUGGUUCAGAUAAGAUCGUGUCUUUUGGAGCAAUCAGUCAGCAAGGGCUGCCUGGCAUCUGCCUGCCAGAUACAAGACGAAAGAUUUGCAGGAGAGGCCUCAACGGGCCAACGGAAUAAUGGAUGGUUGGAUUUCUCUUGUCUCAUUAUUUCCAGAACCUCUCAAGAGAUGGCUAUUCAGGUACAUGUAGGGAGGCACUUUGAUUGAAUACUAUCCAUUGUUUCCACCUGUGCGGCACAAAAGUGCCAUUUAAGUUCUCAGCCUUGUGAC